CGGUGCGACGAGGCGGUGGCUCUUCCUCACUGGCCUGAAAGAAGAACGACGAACACUGAAGCGCGCGGCCUUCGUCAAGAUGUGCGCACGCGAUGCUAGCGUACUAGAAGCCAUCUGCGAGGCUGUGGAGAAAACCAUCAAAGUGCUCAAGCGGACAAAUCGU